AUGUCCAGUGUAGCGAAGCAAUUGAAGUAUUUGAAUAGAAUAAGCUUCACAACAAAGGAGGCCCAAAUAUUGAUUAACCCUUCAAAAUAUGCGGGGAUCAAGCUAACUUUCCAAGCACAAAACCACAAUGGACAUAUGGGAGCUAGAAAGUUCUGGCGUCAAUACCUGCCUACUUUACAAUUCUACAAUCCAGGUUUGAAGAUCGACGUUGUGAGGAUCGACAAUAAAGAUACGAAAAGAGCCGGAGUUCCAUGUAUUUUGGAGAUAGUUUCUAAAGAAGAUAAGGUCCUUGAUCAAAUUGAUAUGAAAAACAAGAAAGAUGAUACAAUUAUGAAUGACCUGCUGCAAAGGCUAGAUUUCGAGCCCAUCCCAGAAGAAUCGCUAAUAAAAGUCUAA